UUAUAAUUAUUACUAUUACUAUUAGCUCUUGAUAUAUUAUGUAUAUAUUAUAUCCUUUCUUCGUCUCACAUUCGAAUUCGUUAUUAAAUAAAAGGCUAGAUGGCGUGCAUGGCAAGGAAACUGGCGAAGCUUGCUAUGGCGUGACAGUUACAGGAUCGUAGUCCGCGAAUCGUGGCUUUGCUGAUGUUUGUUUACAGUAGGCCCCUAGAGACCAUGACGUUAUCUGUGCGAUCGAAACGUGCUGUUUUUUUGCGCGGAUCGUGUGAUAUAUAGUCGGGCAGCAGAGCUCGUGCAUCAACGAUGUACGAGCGUCCGUGGAUACAGGUACCGGUAACUGUGCAGUGUGGUAGCAUAGGGCCAUCGACAUCGCAUCGGUUGUAACGUGAUAUAUUGCCUAUUGCCAGUAUUGACUAUUGGUACGACUUACGGUUAUCGACGUAUCGACCUAGCUGUACACUCCACAGUCUACAGCUACACUCACUGACUCAGCUACAGCAAGUACAUACAUCGUCCGUUUGUGAUCAACUGGCAACUGCUAGUUACAAUUAAGUCGCAACGAUGAUGUCGAUGAGGAGCAUUAACCGUCCGGACUGGUCUUUUCGUGUUAACUGGCUUUAUCUCCCGACGCUUGCACGGUUUUCGGGAUUCAAGACGAAAAGCGUAAACUUUCAUCAUCUGAUCGUCAUCAUCGUCAUUAGAGCGGCCAUUCUUGGUACCGUGCACAUCAGCAUAUGCGUAUAAUAUCACACAGCGAUAGACUGCACGGCCAAACCAGCACACUUCAUUUGAACAACUAUGCCGACUUGAACAAGCCGGCGAUCAGGCCAUCUCAGUGACAGUGCUGUGUUAGCCAUGGUGGUGGCCCGCUCUUUUCAAACGCCUGCCGAAUAACAUAACAAUAACGUAACGAAUUCCGAAAUUGUGUAUAUAAAAACCUACCCGGAUCAUUAAUAGAAAAGCAAAGGGAGAAAGACAAGGAACAAGUUUCUUGACGCUGCCUGCUGUAGAAGGGGGAGAUUUGAUUGGUAGAAAUUGGAUUAAAUCACGGCACAGGUUAUAGUGCUUGAUGCAUGUAAGCAUGUAUACUAACGUGGCUGCUGGUGCUAUAGCAGCACCAACGAUAAUGCCAUUGCGAAACCCACACCUUGGUUUGCCUAGAACAAAGAUUGACACCAGUGUGUAUGUUGAACUGAGGACAGAGUCUCCUCAUGCAAAGCUGUACUUCACUGUCGAUGGACCAAAACCAAAUCCAUUCCAGCUGAGGAUAGGAGGCAAAGAGGUGACGCAUAAGUAUGUGGGGCCAUUUACACUCAGACCAGGCAAGAGAGAUGUCAAAGCAAUUGCUGUGUCGAGAGAUGGGCUACACGAGAGUCAGGUUGUGGAUAAGACGUUCGUUGUGGAGGAGGUGACUGAUGGAGGUUACGAUGACAUCAAUGACUUCUGGAUGGAUGAGGGAGUAGAGAGUGUGAAGUCAAACAAUCCAUAUGCCACUGAAUACAGCAAGGCUCGAACACCGGUGAGAAGCAAAGUGAAGGAUGCGUGGAGCAAGCCAUUUCCAGGUUCCAAGAUAGAGGGUCCCAUCAAUCCAGUUAAUUACAAUGGCACGCAAGUGAACAUAUUUGGAUUGCCACCUCAGCCAAGUGGUCAGCCAUCUAUUUCACAGGUGACGCCGACAGGAGUUGGCUUUGCUGCGUAUGGAGCGAACCCGGUCGACUUUACUGCGACUUACGGCCCCUAUAGACCCACCACAGGGUACCUCACCGAACAAAUGUUACAGAAGUUGGAGGAUGUCGGGCAGGGGCAAGUCGAGGAGACGAGGCAACAGAUAAGCGGAGAGGCAGGAAACAGAACUGCCAUUGGCAUGCCUACAAAGAAACUUGAAGUCAGUCCAGGAAGCGGUAAGUGGACGGAGCAGUUAGGCCACAUCUACCUGAGCCUGAUGGAGUAUGCCAGCGAUGCAGAAGCCUUCAGACAGGAGAUCGGUCAGCCGAAGCUUGGCGAGAUUGUCUCAGCAAGCUUAGAAGAGGAUGAAGAUGUGUAUCACCUACUAGUCACACUAACCAAAGAAGACCCGUCUAACAGAGAAGAGGAAACCACAUCGAAGAUCUCAGCAUCUCAAGAUCAAAACAUCAUCGCUCUUUCCUCGACGCCGCCGUGGAAACUUCAGAAGCAAAAUCGAAAUGCAAACACCAAGGUUGGCAUAAGGCAACAAGACAAGAUUACAGAACAAGAGAAGACUGAGAAAGAAAAGGAACCGGUAAAGCCAGAGCAAAAUGAAAAAGAAAUCCAGCUCGAAACACAAGGAACUUUGAGGCCAUGGAGAGAGUUUGAUGCAGAGAAUGACAGUGAAGCUAUGCGCAAUGCACUUAAGGGUCUUGGUACAAAUGAGGACACCGUUAUCCAGGUUAUGGGAACACGUAGCAAUGCUCAAAGACAAAGUAUCAUCAAACAUUAUAAGACAAUGUUUGGAAAGAGUCUAGUCAAGGACCUUGAUGGGGAGUUGAGUGGUAAUCUUCAUGUGACAGUGCUGGCACUGUGUCAGCGUGCGUGCGACUACGAUGCUAGCCUACUUCAUAAGGCUCUACAAGGCCUAGGCACAGAUGAAGCAACACUGAUUGAAAUUUUCUGCACUCGUACGAAUAAAGAGAUCAACGAUAUUAAACAUAGUUAUAGAACAUUAUACAACAAAGACCUUGAGAAGGAUAUCAUCUCUGACACGUCUGGUCACUUCAAGCAUGUAUUAGUGUCACUAGUUCAGGGAAAUAGAGACGAAGGAGUCACAGUUAACAGAGGCUUAGCAAGGCAGGAUGCAGAGGCUCUGUACGAAGCAGGGAAACUGAAGUGGGGGACAGAGGAGUCAAAGUUCAAUGCCAUCCUUGUUUCAAGAAGUCCUGCCCAGCUGCGAGCAACAUUUGAUGAGUACCAAAAAGUUUCGAAAAAGACCUUAGAGGAUGACAUCAAGAGUGAAAUGUCUGGUGACCUCAGGACUGCUAUGCUUGCUAUAGUGCGCUGCAUCAGGAGCAAGCCCGACUACUUCUCGCGUCGGCUUCACACGGCGAUGAAAGGAGCUGGCACCGACGACGACGCUCUCAUCCGGAUCGUCGUGUCUCGCUGCGAGAUCGACAUGACGCAGGUUGCUGAGAGCUUCCAGCGCGGCUACAAGCAGACGCUCGCUCAGUUCGUACGCGAGGACACGUCGGGGGAUUAUAGGAAGCUGCUGCUGCUGCUGCUGGGAGAGGCAGUCGAACUACAUCCGAAACAUAUAGAAGCGAUAGUGAAACCUGAAGAGAAGAAGGAGGAGGUUACUCAAGGUCAUGCAUCCGGCUCCCUCGUUCGUCCCGUGGUCCAGGAAGCUGUCGUUGCAUCUGAGAAUGAAUACUGGGAUGAGCCGGCUGUGCAGGUUUCCGGAACAGUGAAAACAUACAGUGGCUUCAGUCCGGAAACCGACGCAGAGGUGUUGCAGAAAGCAAUGAAGGGACUAGGUGCCGAUGAGCAGGCAAUCGUAGGUGUGUAUGGCCGACGCACGGCCUCCCAGCGACAGAUAAUCGCACAGGUGUACAAGACCAGGUACGGCAAGGACCUCGUUAAAGACCUCAAGAGCAAUCUUGGUGGAAACUUGCGCCACCUGGUGAUUGGUUUGAGCGUGCGUCGGCCGCAAUUUGAUGCGACCGAGCUUAGGAAGGCGAUGAAGGGGAGAAAUCCUGGGGCACGGAUGAAGCGCGCUUCAAUCAGAUCCUGGUGUCGCGAAGUCCCGCGCACCUGCGGGCCGUGUUUGUCGAGUACGGCAAGCUGUCCAGGAAGGACAUACUGAAGGUCAUCAGGAGCGAGACAUCCGGAGAUUUGCAGACCGGCUUGCUUACCAUAGUGAAGUGUAUCCGGAACAAGCCUGGCUACUUUGCAGAGUGUCUCUACAAUUCCAUGAAGGGUCUGGGUACGGAUGACAACCUGCUCAUCAGAAUCAUUGUCUCUCGCUGUGAGGUCGACAUGGUGCAGGUGAAGGUCGAAUUCAACAAGAAGUAUGGCAAGGGCGGCCUCGGCAAGUGGAUCGCGGGUCUCGGAACUAAGGAGUCCGUGCUCAUCGAGAUACUGUGCACCAGGACGAAUCGGGAGAUCGAAGCACUGAAGAAGGCCUACGAAUCCACCUUCGAAAGAAACCUAGAAGAUGACAUUGUGUCUGAGAGUUCCCAACAUUUCCAAAGACUGCUGGUGUCCCUUGUACAAGGCAACCGAGAUGAAAACACGAAAGUAGAUAUGGCAAAGGCUAGGGAAGAUGCACAGGCAUUAUACGUCGCAGGGGAGAAAAUCCUGGGCACGGAUGAAGCGCGCUUCAAUCAGAUCUGGUGUCGCGAAGUCCGCGCGCACCUGCGGGCCGUGUUUGUCGAGUACGGCAAGCUGUCCAGGAAGGACAUGAUGAAGGUCAUCAGGAGCGAGACAUCUGGUGAUUUUGAAGUGUAUCCGGAACAAGCCUGGCUCCUUGCAGAGUGUCUCUACAAUUCCAUGAAGGGUCUGGGUACGGACGACAACCUGCUCAUCAGAAUCAUUGUCUCUCGCUGUGAGGUCGACAUGGUGCAGGUGAAGGUCGAAUUCAACCAAGAAGUAAUGGCAAGGGGGUGGCCUCGGCAGUGGAUCGCGGAUGACACACAUCGGGAAUAUCAACACUUCUGGCUCAUGUUGAUUGGUGAGAAAUAG